UUCAGCACCUCGGACAGCGACACGGCGCGGCUCUCACACGACGCUCAAGCCGAGGGAGAACGCGCAGAGCCCGGGCACCUCUCAGCUUCGCUCCCGGUCAGGAUAUGAUGCUCUCCGGCCACUGAUCCCCGCUGGCUCGCAAUGGGCUUUAGUCUGUCCAUUGCAUAAUAUUUAGCAGAGAAAUGCCCCUGACGACAGUCCGCACAGAGUUGUAUUCAGCAUGAAGGCGGCACAGGAGACUGAGCGAGUAGGGGGAGACUCGAUGGCGAAACUUAGACAAGACUAAACCUCUGCAUGUUUAACCCGAGUUAAAGUGUCUUUGCCAAAACACAGGACUUGAAGAGUUCUUCUCACUACCAUGGGGACAAAGCACCUUUUGUUGCUGCUAAUAUACCUGGACCCUCUGAGCGUGCUGAGCGCUGCCACAGGCGGUAAGAAAGCCAAGCCGACGACCAAGAAGAUUCCCAAAACCACCCCGGUCCCCACAGUCGUCCCGCAGAAGACCCCGCAGCCGGCGCCCGCCAGCAACCACGACACCUGCCUGGGCUACUACGACGUGAGCGGGCAGUAUGACAAAAUGUUCGAGUGUAACAACACGGACCACCGGUACUGCUGCGGGACGUGCUACCUGCGCUUCUGCUGCGAGUACAAGAAAGACCGGCUGGAUCAGAAAGCCUGCAAGAACUACCAAACACCGCUGUGGGUGGUGACGGCCGCCCCGUCGCCCAUCCCGACCGGUGAAACGUACGAUCCGAGCAUGGACCAGACCAACACUGCUGUCUAUAUCACCUGUGGGAUCAUAGCCUUCAUCAUAGUGUUGGGAGUGUCGGCCAAAGUUGCGUAUGACAAAGCUACAGAGCCGCCUCAGGAAAUGAAUAUUCACAGGGCCCUUGCCGACAUCCUGAGGCAGCAGGGGCCCAUACCCAUAUCGCAAUACGACUGUGAGAAUUUCGCAGCGAUGAACGGCUCGCCCAAAGAUAACACACCAGUCAGAACCUCAUCCAAGAACCACUACACCCCUGUGCACACCUCCAAAUCCAACCACGGUAAGAGCUCUCCUCUUUCUCCACUCAACGCCUCACAAGCAUCCACCACAGUUUUUGUGUCAUGA